AAGUAAAAUUGUAUUAUCCUUAUCUUUUAAUUCUUCACGAAGUACUUGUGAACUUUGAUGAACUUCAAGUAAUUCAUCAGCAAGAAGCCUCUUUUACUCUUCUAAGCGAAGGGAAAAGUGAAAAUGA